AUGCAAUUCCACCAAUUUAAAGAACGUAUUUGUGGUGUUGUGUGGACGGAUAUUCUCACACCUGAAGAGUUUGAAUCAGAAUGGGAAGCGGUUAUCGCAGAGUUCAAUUUAGUAGAUAAUGACUGGCUAUCUGAUAUUUUUGCACUCAGGGAAUCUUGGAUCCCUGCAUACUAUAGAAUGGAAGAGAUGUCGGGUCUUAGGCGAACGACAUCGAGGUCGGAGAGUGAGAAUCAUUUUUUUGGUCAAGUGUGCAAUUCGAAAGCUACUCUUGUUGAGUUCAUGACUCGUUAUGAAACUGUAAUAGAAGCAGAGCGUCACAUACAUCGAAAAAAUGAUCAUGAAUCUCGACACAAACGACCCCAGUUGAAGAGUAAUUACCAAUUGUUGGAAGGCCAAGCUGUUAACAUAUACACAAAAAGUAUUUUUUGUGACGUUCAAGCUGAGCUAAUUGGAAUUGCGGAUUGCAUAAAUCAACGUUACGAAGAUCAGCCCGAUGAGUUUGUUAAGUUUUACAUAAAUGACUUCCAACAGCCUUGUACAUCCUUAUUUGAGACAAACAUUCUCUGCAUGGCGUUAGAGAUAUUGUUUUUGGUGUUUUUCAGGGAAUUUCCGAAACAAUACAUUCUGAAUAGAUGGCGCAAAGAGGCUUCCCCAAAUUACUUUCCCGAAUACUCAAUUAGUCGUGAAUAUAUGACCGAGCUUGACCCCGAUGUGCAAAGUAUGAUGCGAGAUAUUAUUUUUUCAACGGAAUAUACUUUGAAUUGUUUAUCUGGUAAUAAAGAGGAGCUAUCCUUAUACAAGGAUCAUGUUCAAUCUUAUAUGAAGAAGGUUCAAGAUAUGCAGAUUGUUGCUCAUUUUGCUAGUACUAGGGAUAGAUUUGCCGAGAUAACCGGUCAAUAUAAAAAUAACAAGAAUCCAAUAAGAGUACCUGUUGGGUAUAAAUCCAAAGGUUCUGGUUCUCGAAAGCGCCUGAAAUCUAAACAGCAUAUAGUAAUCGAGAAAAAGAAAUCAUAG